UACAAAAAUAACAAUAACAACUAAAACUGGUAUUAAUCGAACUUAAGAAAAGGAGUAUAUAAAUAAAUUAAGAAAAAUGCGGAGAAGGAAGAAGCCCAAUCUCCAUAGCCAUAGCCAAUAGCUAUAGGCAAUAGCGCUCGCUCCUCCUGCGAGGCAAACAAACACACAACAGAAUUCUACGACGUCGAAACGCCGGGAUCCGCGUUUUCUCGAUCACCGCAAUUCCUCUACCCAUUCCUCAUUUUCCACGACAAUUUGACGGUUACAUUGGACUUGUAUGCUCUGAAUCUAGUGAAAAUAAAUAAAUGUAAGGUUAAUUUUGGGUUAGGCUACCUUGAAUUUCUGGAGAAGAAGGUUUAGAUUUUUAUUCGGUUCAAGAGGGACCGAACAUGUCAAGGGGCGAGACGAUCCCGUUGUCGGUAUUGUUGAGGCGUGAAUUGGCCUCUGAGAAGAUCGAAAAGCCUGAGAUUUCUCAUGGUGAAGCCAGCCAGAGCAAGAAAGGAGAGGACUUUCUGUUUGUCAAGACCGGAUGCGAAAGAGUACUGGGAGAUGGGGUCACAUCCUUUUCUGCUUUUGCGUUAUUUGAUGGGCACAAUGGGUCAAUGGCUGCUAUAUAUACUAAGGAGAAUCUAUUGAAUAAUGUUUUGAGUGCCAUUCCACCAGAACUCAACAGAGAUGAAUGGCUUUCAGCAUUGCCAAGGGCUCUAGUUGCUGGAUUUGUUAAAACGGAUAAAGAUUUCCAAGGAGAAGCACGAACUUCCGGAACAACUGUCACAAUUGCUAUAAUUGAAGGAUGGGUAGUAACAGUUGCAUCAGUUGGUGAUUCUCGCUGCAUUCUUGAAUCUGCGGAAGGGGGAAUAUAUUAUCUAUCAGCAGAUCAUAGACUUGAAUGCAAUGAAGAGGAGAGGGAACGCAUUACAUCCAGUGGUGGAGAGGUUGGCCGACUUAAUACUGGUGGUGGCACACAGAUUGGUCCUUUGAGGUGCUGGCCUGGUGGAUUAUGCCUCUCAAGAUCCAUUGGAGAUAUGGAUGUUGGGGAGUUCAUAGUUCCUGUCCCUUACGUAAAGCAAGUAAAGCUUUCUUCAGCAGGUGGCAGGAUUAUUAUUGCAAGUGAUGGUGUUUGGGAUUCUGUAUCUGCAGAAGCAGCAUUUGAGUGUGCUCGUGGUAUGCAACCAGAUGCUGCAGCUACACAAAUUGUAAAAGAGGCCGUACAGCCAAAGGGAAUCCGAGAUGACACAACAUGCAUUGUGAUUGAUGUACACCUUCCAGAGAAGCCACCUCCACCACACCCCAAAAAAACAGCAAAAGGAGUGUUUAAGGCUAUGUUCCGCAAAAAGAGUUCUGAAUCUUCUUCUUACAUUGACAAAGAAUAUUGUGAACCAGAUUUCGUGGAGGAACUGUUUGAGGAAGGAUCAGCAUUACUUUCUGACAGGUUGGACACGAGGUAUCCAAUUUGUAAUAUGUUUAAGCUGUUCAUGUGUGCUGUUUGUCAAGUAGAGAUAAAGCCUGGUGAAGGCAUUUCAGUACAUGCUGGAUCAGCAGAUUCAAAAAAAUCACGGCCUUGGGAUGGUCCUUUUCUUUGCUCUAGUUGCCAAGAGAAGCGGGAAGCCAUGGAAGGAACGAGACCUUCUGGGAAUGGUAGAUACAGCAGUGGAAGUGACGAGUAACCACUGAAGACAUUGCCUACUGACCAAAUUAAUUCCCUUUGUUUUUUUGUGAAGAAAGCGACCAUUGAUGCUUCUUGUGACAUACCUGGGAUACAAGCAUCAUCUUUCAUCUACACCUAAGAACUGCAUAGUACAUAGAUAGACCUCAUUCUAACAGAGGUAUAUGGAUAUACCUGUUCUGAUUUGAAUUCUUGCAAGGAUGUCGAGAUGUUGGAGCAUACUGCAUACUAGACAUGUAAGAGGUAAUAAAUAGCUCUCAGAUACAUCCAGCUAUAUAUACCAAUGUUUUCCUUCUGUAGAGUUAAUGGUGAGUAAAGCAUUAUCCAGUCUAACAUUAUCAUGUAGGAAAGCCUUGUUAGGAUUCAUGUAGAGUAAAUUUCAUUUUUGGUCCCAGCAGUUUAAACUAAGUUUCAAGUUGCUCCUAAUUACUUAAAUACUUCAAUAUUAUCUUGAAUGUAUUCCAUCCAAUGUCUUGACAAAUAGAUAAGGAUAAAAGUUUUACGAGUAUUAUUUA